AUGAGUCUACCUUGCACCAAGCUGAAAGGCUAUCUAAACCCCGAAAGUCUUCUAGUUCAGCAACCAUGGCGGAUAAAGCCCUCGCAUUUGGUCAGUCUGGACUCAGAUAUGGCUGGCACUCUGAUCUCUCUAACCUCGACCAAUGAAGAUGAUGAGGAGCCUGAUCGAGAAGAGUCCAUGGCCAUGGUCUGCACCUCUGGGUUAGGUCGUGGAGGUGUGGCUGCAAGCUCGAGUGCCGCUUCAGGUGAACGACGUCGCGUUCAGGUCUUAGGCCGUCGUGGCGGCCGUAGACAAGCUCGCGGAGGUCCGGCUGCGACUGUUGCUACCAGCACAGGAGUUGAAUAGCGGAUCAUUUCUAUUUCUAUGCUUUUGAAUCUAUCAAGCAGAGAGAAUACAGAUGGAAACUUAGCGUCCACAGGAGCGAAAUCGGCUGCAGCUGUCGCAGCUGCUCCACUCGGCCAGCGGCCAUAUGCGCCAUUGAAUCGGGCGCUGCAUGAGUGCGGCAUGCUCGGUGGUGGCGGAGGCAUCAACGAUCCAGGGGGCCUGGCUCGUCUUUCAUACUCGGAGUUAGAGCAACUACUAGUCACACUAAGUAACGAUCUAGAGACAGAACUUCGCAACCUUGCUGUUCGAUAUCGGCACAAACGCCAACCACUGUUGGAUGCGAUUGCGGAGAAAACAGCUGUUAUGACAAUAAUUUCGGAGCGUGGCUCGGUUAGAUAA